AUUAUCAAUCUUCAAAGUCAGAUACUUCAUCUUCUGGUGAAAGGACCAGCUCCUCAUUGUCAUCUCCAGUGUUGCCUUCAGGACAGAGAUCUUCGGGCAGACAAUUUCAUAUCAUCCAUCCACGACCUCCCAUCCUUCAUGAGGUUACUGUUCAGUGAAGGGUUGGUCUGCGUCUGCCCACAGGGAGUUCUUGAUGUUGCUCGUGGCCCGAAGGCUUUCUCAAAUUGCUUCCUUCUUGCUAUGUCAAUGCUGCUUUCGGACGGGAAGCAGUACAAUGCGCAUGUAAAUUACUCCAGGGAGGCCACUGUUUCAGUGAUGUCUGGUUCAGCUAAACCGGCAAAAGCCUUCCCGAACACCUGACUCUCCUCCACAAGUGUGAAUGGUCUUCCUUUCCCAGCUUUUACAAUUGAUGAUGUAUAAUCGCACCAUGUAAAUGAAUGCAGACCAGGUAAAGGGGCGCACAUGCCAUGCCCAAUCUUUUUGGCUCUUGCUGUGAUGUUGGUGACCUUCUGCCAACAUCUAUACUGUCGUUGCAUGUCUAUGCCAGUGAUAAAGCAGUAUAACUGCAAUAUCAGUGUCAGAUGCCCUGACAACAGUAUUGCCACCUACUGCACCGUCAGAUGUCGUUUCCAUGUGAAGGCAAACUCUUGUAUCCCCUUCUUGGUGAUUCGUUGCCAACGAAUCAAUCACAUCCUGGAUGACUUUACCACCCUGCACAUGAAAAUGAUGACAUGUACUGUCUUGAUUGACAAACUGGUCUCGUUAUCCAAUUGUGUGCAUAUUCAGGCCUUUUCCCAUUCAAUGACCAAAACGGCUGGCAGCUGGCUUUUGAAGGAAGCAGAUUUUAAGGCGUCGGAUAAUUUCUUUGGCCUGGCUUGCUCUGGACCUGUGAUUUUGUACACUGUGUCUUGGGCUCCUUUGGUCCCCCUUUCAAGAUCUUUUAUUGAUGGUGUCUUGUGUCAAACACAAGGUCCACUUGCCUGGGAGACAAUGACAUAAUCUGUACCAGAAGCAUUCUUGCCAGUUCCCCAUAUGUAGCAGGCAUAUUUCAUGUAUCAUGCCAUUUGUGUGACAUAGAGCUAGUGGCACUGGUGUUAGGGGAUGUUAGGGGAUAGGUCAAUAUGUGCGGGAAAUAUAACUUUUUCUGGUUCGCGAGAACAAGAAGGCACCCCAUGAGAUCCCGAGUACAUCAAAGCUCUGCAAUCUUGCGGUCAGUUGAUCGUCGACUGCGCAUUCGGCCUCAAAGUUCCUAAGCUUGACUUUUUUAUUGGCUGCUCAAAUUUGGAAGGAUUAGCAAUACAGGCAUCGAUUAACUCCUUGUACCUGGCUUUACCAACCAGUUGCACAGACAAGAGACUUUCUUGGACCGCCCCAGUGGCAGCUUUGCCUGUGUGGAUGUAAAAAAGAGCAUCGCUGGUCUUAUCCUGGAAAGGAUUGCAGGAUUCUUCUAUCUGACGAACCACUUUUUGCAUGCCACUUCUAUCCCUCUUGAUCCUGCAAGGACGAAUGUCUGCAGCAACUGAGUCUGGGCCAUCAAGUCCAACUAUGGCCUGAAGAGUGCUUAUCAGUGCUGCCCGUGUUGACCUUGUCAUCAUCCAUCGAAGUCUUGCAUGGUAAUUGUUAGUUGCUGCCGAUAAACCUGUCAAUCUGGCGGCUGCAUCAGCAUACACUGUCUGUUUGAGUACCAAACCUACUGGACACCUAGAGCAGUGGUUGUCACCUCACCCAUUUGAAGGCACCCUUCUCUAAUAAUGUACGUAGUCCAGGAUAAGUUUCAUCGAACAUGGAAAGUUGUGGUUGCUGAAGAAAACGACUUUUUGAUAAAUUGGAAAGAUUGUACUUAAAUUGACACAGAAAAUGUGGUAAUUAGCAUAUUAAUGUAACUGUGUAUCGGAGUCAAAAUUUUCAGUUUCGCAUGACAAGGAUUACUUUACGCACAAUCUAGGUUUUGCUACAAUGUGAAAUCGUUCAUGAUAUUACUGAGCUUUCUCAUUCAUAAAUUACUUUAGGACACGAAGCUCAUAGAGAUUAAUUUUAAAAGUUGGCCCCUACUGUGCUCAGAGCCGUGUGCUGUAAACUACACAUUUUUGAUGGUUUUGUACAUGCUUCUCCUUGACCUUUAAUUUUGGGAAAGCUUAAUCAAACUAGCUAGUCCAUAGCUUAGCACCAAUAUGACAUGCGAUGUUCUAUAUCUAUAAGAAACUGAAACCGGAGAGAGAAUAUGGCGUAUAAGGAAUACUGGUGCCUUCUGCCUUUAGGUGACAGUUGAUCUACACAAGUAUGGCCAGUUGCAGAGGAUUUAGCGCUUGGAUAAGUGAAUGUAAUGAUGAUAAUAAUAUAGCCCAUGGUAUUCCAUUUUGUAUUAUGCACAAUACGUAGGUUAUACACAAAAAGUUAUAUUACGUGUUUUGCCCUUGCCCAACGUGUAUAUACACUGUAUUGCAAAAAUGCAUCUCCCCAACUCAAAGUACAUCUUGACAAAUAGUUCGCGGUACCCGCCACUACACCUGAUUCGGACCGGCCAGAAGACCCCCGGCAAGCUUGGUGAUCGAGUGGUUAAGACGUCUGCACUAUAUUAUAAACAGUGUAUACUCAGUGCUUGUCCGACAGCUUGCGUAAACAAUCACAAGCUUUAUACUCGGGUGGGACUCAAACCCACGCUUGUGAAUUUUUUGCAAGCUGUCGGACAAGCACUCAGAACAUGGAUGUACACUGUUAUAAUUAUACUUUAGGUGAGGGCAACCCCCCAAAAUAACUUAACAUCUUCCCAACGCAAAGUACAUCUUGAACUUGUACACGGAAUUGAUAAUUAAGACAAUAAAGCUUUGGUUCAGUUGGCGAUUGAGACGUAAACUCUUGGCCUCCAUGCUCGGGUUCAUUCUAAAUGUAGGCCAUGACAUAAAUUCUAUUUAAUACGUCAAUCUAAGUCAAGUCCAAAGUUUGCGCCACGCCAUGUUUGAACGCUUACCAGUAUUACACGUUUACCACGUUUACCAGUAUCGUUGCUACGUAUCAGUUGUAGAUUGAAUACAGGCCUACGUGCUGUACCACACGGUGAUAUCUCCUACCAUUUCCUUUCAGGUCGAUUGUGUUGUUGGCAAACUGAAACAGGCAUUUCAGCACCAUGACCCAAACGAUGGCUGCCAACGGCAUGGCGAACGGAGUUAUCUCACAGCAGGCCCCAUACGCACUGGGGCGGCCAGCCGGUCGAACCGCCAAAACGCCCCACGGAGUUCCUUGUCUGCUUCUAGUGUCCGUCUUCCAACUGAUCCUCGGAGUUCUCUGUGCCUUGCUCGGAAUCGCUGCUGUCGUCAUGGAGAACUUCAUAUAUUUUACAGGAUAUCCCAUUUGGAGUGGUGUGCUGUUUUUCUGCAUAACUGGAAUUCUCGGAAUCGUUACUGCGUGCGCAAAUAGGAACAAAUGCUUGAUCAUCGCCUUCAUGGUCAUGUCAAUCCUGGCUUCGAUUGACGCUGGUUUGAUGUUGAUUCCAUCGAUCGGGGGUGCAGCCAGCGAGCAGUUCGAUCCAAGUUGCACAAGAUAUUACGAAAACUACCCUAACUACCAAUACUACUGCGCCGUUUCCUGGGAAGCCCGCAUGGCCGUGGAUAUCGUAAUUGCAGUGGUUGCCCUUGCCGAGAUGGUAUUUGCCAUUGUGGGAUCCGCCUGCAGCUGCUACGGCCUAUCCAAAGCAGUGUCAUACACUGCUCCAGACACGGAGAUGCAAGUUCGUUAUGUACCACAACAGCAACAGCAGCGGGUUGUUACUCGGUUUGUUCCUGUCAUAAACACACAGCAGCAACAGCAACACCAACCACUUCAGUUGCAAGCGGUGCCUGGACCAACGGCUGUUCCAGGAGGAUACCUGGUAAGUUCUCCGCAUGUCGGACAAGGCCUGCCUCCAACCCAACCCGUCGGGGUUGCUUCCCAGCAAGCAGGUCUCCCCCAACAGCAUUCGGGCCGAAGCACUCCCCUGCUCAGCGUCUCCCAACAGCAUUCAGGGCGGAGCACCCCUCAAAUGGUUUACGCUCCACAGCCGGUCGGUGCUCCUGUUGCUGGGUCCCCUCAGCCAAUCUUGAUGUGUGCUCAACCACAAGCUUUAGCCAAGACAGAGGCUGACAACCAGCGAUCUGGGGUACCAGUCCAGCAAGCAGGUAGCGUUGCGCAACAGAUCGGGGUUGGUUACCAACAGGAAGGCUCAAGUUCCCAACAGUCCGGUGGUGCCGUUCAGCAGGUAGGAAUGGGUCCUGGACAGUUUCAGAUGGGAACCCAAAAGGCUGGUGUUGGGUCCACGCAGGUAGGAAUGGGUGCCCCACAGCUUGGAUUCCCUCCCCAGGACAUGACUCCUCAACCACAAGGCCUUCCCCGUGUCCAACCGGACAUUGCCGCCAAAGGCCACGACCCACAGCCGGCAGCCUUCCCGGCGUCUGAUAAGAAGGAGAGGGACGACGCGGACCAAGAGUUUGGUGAGUUAGAAAUGGCCAUGGGAGGAGACGAGCAGUACCACGAUGACAAACAACUCCUCAUCGAAACAGAGUAGAUUCUGUAUCGUAUAAUAUUUUGUCGCAUCAUUGGCGUAAGUUGGGUACAUACUGGAAGGGGGAACAUAAUGGGGCUCUCAUUUUCGCUUCAAGGGGCACCCACACAAGUAGAAAAAAUGGACCACGGCAGAACUAUCACCAAAUCUUUCUUUAUCUAAUAUUGUCUUAGUGUGGGCACACUGGGGCGCUCAGUCAGUGAAGGGGCUAACCCUGCUUUAGGUAUACCACUGCCUGUCACGUUAUACUAGUCUUCUCGUUGCUUGUUAACAUAAUUGUCAAUUGGAUAAAGGUUAUUAAUUAUUAGACCCCCGUUUAGAAAUGUUAAAUACCACCAUCAUAAAGGCUAUGUCGCCGCUGCAUUGUAGAAUGUUGAACCAUGGUUGCAAAGGUCCAAUGCAGGUGUCAUGUACAUGUAGUUUUGUCGCAUAGGCUAUUAUAAAUAUGCGUGUAAAUGUUGCAUAAAUAUCAUAUGUUUUGAGAAAGUUAUUCUUGGUGUUAUUAUUAAAAAAAACACAAUUCCCGUCAGUCUGUUGACUUGAAGAGGAAAGAAAUGAAGAAAAACAAAUUGAUAAUAACUAAUAAAUAAUAACUAACAAUAACAAUACAUUUAUAAAGCGCCAAAUCCAUGAAAAUGCUCCAAGGCGCGGACACAAAGUAUAAUAUACAAUAAACACAAUACAAACAGAGCAAUCUAUAAAAUUAAAACGGUAUGAUGAUUAAAAGAUAGUAACUACAAUCAUAAACAUUAAGUUACUUACGUACAUGCAAUAGUUAAAACCACGCAAGUAUAUGCAUAAAGUUACUUACAUUCAUGUAACAUCUAACAUCAUACAUCAAAUUUAAUCCUUCAGUAAGGAUGAAUAUGCCUCUCCAAAGAGAAUAGUUUUCAAUUUACGUUUGAAGUCAUUGAGGUUUCCAAUCUCCCUCUGAGGUUUUGUCCAAUUUAUUCCAACAUUUAAGUUGGUGCUACAAAAGAAAAGCAAAACAAAACUACAGAAUUUUGUUUUUUUUGUACAUCUUAAUCUAGUUUGAUCAGGUGAUAAUCGUGUGCUUCUGACUGGGGUUAAACUGACAGCAAGACCAUUUAGACAUUUAAACCCAAGAAGACAGACUUUAUACUCAAUUCUGUAACUUAUGGGAAGCCAAUGUAGUUUAAAACAAAAUUGGAGUGAUAUGUUCAGUUUUCUGUGUACCUGUUAACAGUCUGGCAGCACAAUUUUGAGUAUGUUGUAAUGGAUUAAGAGUGGAUUUAGGCAGCCCAGCAAACAAUGCAUUACAAUAGUAGAUACGGGACAUCAUUAACAUAACAAUAAUAGGAUAAUUAAUGUAUUAUUUAAUUUUGCGGAUAUUAUGCAAAUGACAGAAAGCAUUUCUAGAUAUUACUCGAAUAUGAUUCUGCAUAUCCAAAUUCUGGUCCAUAAUGACCCCCAGAUGCUUCAAUUUGUCAACAGCUUCAAUUUGGUAAUCUCCAACAGGUGUAUAAACUUGAGGGAUUUUUUUUUCAAAAUCAAAGGAGUUCCAAUAAUGUAAAUAUAGGUUUUUAUCAGUGUUUGCCUUCAUGUAAUUAGCAGCCAUCCAAUAUUGAAUGUCAAUUUCUCAACAACGCUCACUUUAUUUGAACACCUUGUUUUAGUAGAUGAAAUAAAGACCAUUAAGUCAUCUGCAUAAAAAUGAUAUGUAAGGCCGUGUUUUCUAAUGAGCUGACCUAAGGGGAGUGUAUAUAAGUUGAAAAGCACUGGCCCUAGCACUGAUCGAUGCGGAGCUCCAUGUUCUAACGGAUACUCUGAGAAUCCACACUGUCCUUCUCUAAAAACUACACCAAUAUAGGAUUGAAUCAACACAGAGUAUUUAGAUCCAUGGUCGGAUUCUGAUAUAAUAAAGCCUACUUACUAAUUCUUCUUUUUAUCUGUUUUGCAACUGAAUAACAACAGAGAGUUGGGUUGGAAUGGCACAAAGAUAAAGACAAACGUCCUUCAGCCGUCGUAGGCCAGAUUGCCUAACAGGCACAUGCAUUAUGCCCAUGGACAUUAUGUAUCUUACAUAGUUUUAACGGUUGUGUUUCGCCUGGAACUUUUGAUUUUGGGAAAGCUUAAUUCAAACCAGCCAGUUCAUUGCUUCGCAGCAAUAUAAGAUUCGAGGCUCUAGUUGCUGCGACAUUAGUACUUGAAACUGAGUUGAGUAUAUAACCUGAGGAAUAUAGGUACCUGUACUGCCAAGAGGGGGCACUUCAUCCUACCCUAGCUUUACAGGUAUAUAUGGGAAGUCCACCGUAGAACAUUAGCUCUGGAAUUAAAAUGAAGGCGAUGAUAAUGUAGCAAAGUAGAUUUCAUGAUGCAGUCAAA